UUUGAUGAUAAAACAGAACUCUCGAGAAAAAUUUUAAAUAAGAAAGAACUGAUAGAGAUCGCUCUAUCGUAUGGAGAAUACGUUCAUGAAUUUACUGGAAAUGAAAAAAAUGAAGAGACAACACAAUCAUUUGGUCAAGGAAGACAAGAGAAAACUAAUCGAGAUGCGAAUGUUGGAAAAGAUACGUAUACAAGCGAAGAAGAUAAAAGAAGUGAUGAGAGCGAGAAAAGAGAAGAUUUCGAAAACAAAUUUGUUGAUAACGAAGCUGCAUUAAAUAACAUAAAAGAGGAUGAAAGGGUAAAUGAACGUCCAGGAAAUUACAAAAAACAGCGUACCAAAAAUGAACGUUUUUUUCUAUACCCAUCAGGAAGAGGAUACACAAUUAGUGAAUUUACAACAGAUGAGAGACAUGUACGAAAAAAGAGAAAUAGCUUGUAUUGUUCGCGCAAUGUUAAAAGACCCCCUAAAAUAUGUUGAAACAGCCUACGAAUUGUUGGACUUAGCUGAUACACAUCAACAUCCUAUUACGAAAAAUUUAAAGUCACACGAAAAAGACCUCAUGGGCGUUCCACAUGAUUACGACACAAGUUGUCCUGGAGACAUUUUCAACGCUUUAAGCAUUGAUCCCAAUAGACUUCAACUCGAUUCAUUUCUAUACGGAGUUGCACAUCAAUGUCAUUUGGCAUCCGAACGCUCACGACAAACAAGUAAAGCAAUUUCAAAUGAAGAAAUUAUAAAAGAAAUACAAGAUUUCAACACUGAAGAGGUUACCCUUACUAACACGCAUGUUCAAUGCAUUGCUGGAGCACUUCGUGCGUCAUUGGAAAUAUGGAGUCCCCAGUUUGAACUAUUCCAUAUCUAUUUUCCGUGUUUAUGCCAAGUUACGGACAACGGAGGAAUAGGCUACUUUAGUUUGACAGUUGGCAAAACUUUUCAAAAUAGUUAUGUAUUUAUGGAGCAAACAUCUGAAAAGAGACCGACUAGAAGAAAAAAGCCAGCAACUACAAUCAGGAAAGAAUGCAGUGAAGAGAGUGAAAGAGUGAACUGUUUUGAUGGCAUUGUAAUAUACAAGAGUGAUGUCGAAACAUUAAAUGGAAGCAAGUGGUUGUGUGAUACCAUAAUUGACUUUUUUUUAAGGUAUUACUGCAAAACGGCAGAAAGAAAAGACGAUGGGGAACAAUAUUAUGCCUUUUCUAGUUUUUUCCAACAGAAACUACUCAUGAAAGGACACGUAUCAAAGCGACCAUUAGAUCUUUCGGGAUGCAACUUACAUGGAGUGAGGAGAUACACACCUAAGAACAUGUAUCAAUAUAAAAUGAUUUUUAUACCAGUCUGCGACAUGUAAGAAUUUUACAAAGAA